AUGCCACCCCAUCGAAACUACCAGCAAUCAAAAGAAUCUUCUACUAAGCAACCUUGCAGGUACUGUGGGAACCUCUACCUGCCGCAAGGGAUCAAAAGGCAUGAAGGAAGCUGUGUGAAGGAGCUCCAGAACCAUGAAGAACGGGUCAAACACAAUAAGGCAUACAUACGGGAUGUUCGUCGGGCCAAUAUUGCUAAGGAAGCAGCCGCUGCGACAUCCUCAUCAUCAGUGCACCCUCGCGUUGCUGGGUCUUCGGGUCCUGACUCCACCAUAGCUACGAUACCAGCACCACUCGGACAGCCGUCAGUAACAGUAGGCCCUUCACGAUUUAUUCCUGGAUCACCGACUAGUUUUGUUCCCUAUGAAGAUGACGUGUUGAUGGGCAUGGCGGACCCUUGUGGUAGAGGUAUGUCAGACUCAGCCCAUGUGAUGGGUCGCUUGGUGAACUCCACUGCACCAGAUGCCACAAAUGACCAUCCUCCCGACUUCAAGACCGAAUUUCAUCCCUGUAGUAAGCGCCUGACCCUUUUCCAAUUCGCUGAAGAGUUCGGCCAGCAAAACCUCGAAUGCAUGCCCCCAGACCGUGAGCCCUGGCGCCCUUUUGCCUCGGAGGGCGAUUACAUCUUUGCCUCGAUUGCCGUGGAAGCUGGGCUCAGCUCAAAUCAAGUUGACUCCCUUCUCAAGUUGGUUCACUGUAUAAGUCAAGGAACCACAAGUGUCACGCUAUGCAACGAUGCUGGGCUACGUACUGCUUUGGAUAGAGCAGCGGCGCAGUUAACACUGUUCUCCAAGUUCGAAAUUACCGUGCCCUAUAAGGGCAAUGACGUGACAUUCCCCGUCCAUAUCCACCCUCUGUGGGACUGGGCCCUCGACCUCUUGCAAAAUUCCUCCCUUGCACCACACUUCGUCUGGGAUGCCCAAUGGCUCUUCAAACAUGAUGGUGAGAGAUAUGAGCACUUCUACACGGAACCUUGGACAGGCGAUCGUUGGUGGGAUAUUCAAUUACCCAGUCAUGUGGAUAACAUGGUCCCAUUCACAUUUAUAAUUUACACUGACAAGACACGGCUAUCGUCCCAUGGUACUGUCAAGGGCUACCCUGUUGUAGCACAUUGUACGAACCUCCCAGUUCAUGUUUGCAAUGGUGAGCGAUAUGGUGGUGGCUGCGUCGUUGGCUGGCUUCCGAUUGUUCCUGAGCUUGCAAAAGAAGAGGGAAAGACUGGCUACACAAACUUCAAACGUGUCAUCUGGCAUACAGCAUUUUUUCAGCUCCUCGAGAAGGUUGCGGAGCUCUCAAAGGUCGGUUAUCUUCAUGAAUGCUACGACAAGGUUCUCCACUGGCUCUUCCCACUUGUCCUUAUCCUGUCUGCUGACUAUGAAGAACUCUGUGUGAUGACCCUUAUACGAGGCACGAAGUCCAAGUGCCCUUGCCCAUUUUGUCUGGUCCCCUUGGAGCAGCUUUGGGAUCUGAAGAAGACAUAUGAAAUGCGUACUACUGAGCAACACAAAAGAGUGCUGGCAUUAUUCGAGGAGAAGAAGACAGUUGGUGAGAAGAAACUGAAGUCCCUCGGGUUAUGUCCUGUCAAGAACGCUUUUUGGUCAGUAGAACAUUCAGAGCCUGAACAGGCUGCCAGUUUUGAGCCGCUUCACUCCCUGCAUGGUGGCAUGGGAGGCAAGCACAUCCAUGGGGAACUCAGGAUCGUCGUCAGUGAGCUUGGCCGUGAUUCCGAGACACGUUUAGAAGCACAAGUUUCUGCCUUUCCCCGUUGGCAAGGCCUCGCACAUUUCGAUACAGUGAUUCACAUCACGUUUUCUGAUGGAAAUAAAAUGCGAGAUCUCACCAGGCAAUGUUUCUACGCCUCCCUCAACAUUUUGACGCCGAUGAUGUCUCGAGUUGGGUAUCAGUUACUUCGUAUGAUCAGUAGCUACCUGCGACUCGAUACCCUCAUUGGACUUGAUGUGCACACCGAGAAGACUCUUGGUAUGAUCGAAGAUGAACUUCUCAUCUUCAGGGAUGAACUAAAGUUGUACCGAUCCUUCGUUCGUCAUUUGGAUGAUACAGAUCUGAAGGAUAAUUGGAACUUUCCGAAGGCACAUCUCUGGAAGCACGUUACCCGUGACAUUCGAAGCAAAGGCGUUGUUUGUAACUACAGUGCCUGGCCCAAUGAGAAAAUGCAUGGCCUGCUCAAAGAUGCAUACCAGGAUCGCUCAAAUGGAAAGGAUACUGCGGGGCAGGCACGCAUCAAUGCAGAAAACGAGUGUGUUAACGAUGCUACCAACAAUGACGAGGACCACAACACAGUACUUGAAGGGAAUGCCAAGCUUGGCGCACCCCAGCAGACUCGCUCACUCUCUGAUGUUGAGAACACUAACCAAAACGACUGGGCAUUUGAUGGAUUCCGUCGGAAGCUAGAAACUUUCCUCAACACUUGCCUCCCAACUUAUGGGUUCCCCCUCGACAAACUUAUCCACAUUCCUCCAAAGAUCCGGGAGUAUCAAUAUUUGAAGGUCCAGUAUGCUUCAAUGGUGGACUGGGAGGUCGCUGUGAACUACCUCCGAUGUAAUCCAAGUUUCCAUGGUCAGCCACGAUACGAUGGCGCCCUCAUUCAGCUUUCGGAGACCAAGACUGCUUUCGUUCGACUCAUAUUCAUGUUCACUUGUAAGGUUGCAGUGUUCAAAGACACUUUUCAGUUUGCCCUUGUUCAGCUGCUCACUGCUGGGACUGGAGUGUGCAGGUUGGACCAAGAUCUUCGACUUGUUCGAGUCAAAGCUGUAUCUCGUGCAGCAUCAAUAUUCAUUCCCGUGAAGUUGAUCAUUCGAGGCGCAUUGCUUUACCCGGAUCCGAGCCACCAUGGCGAGUUUUUGGUUGUUGAACACACUGAUGGAGACAUGUUCCUUCGCAUGAGGGAAUGGAUUCAGACCUGGCCCCAAGCGUGGUUGCCAACUGAACAGCCUUCAAGUUCUGACUCUGAUCAAAUGCCAGCUGAAAUACAAAGCGAUACUUCAGGGUCAGAGCAAUUAGACGAUCUUGGAGGUCUACUCUCCACUCUCCUGCAGAACCGCAAGAGAGCUGUGGAGAAUAACCCAAACAUGAUGUUGGACAAUAACAUUGCUGCCCAAGCAAAAAAGUAUUGUUUCUUCUACCAUUUCUGGGUCCCGAAGGAUGUUUUCCCACUCAUGAUUCCACCGCCUGGAUACGAUCUGAACGACCCCGCUCGUUGGAGUACGCCUGAAUCAAGAAUUAUUGGCCUUAAGGUGGAACUCUAUUCCAUGCUACCUAGUGACCUCAAGGCCCGUGCAACAACUUAUAGCAACUUUGGUCGUGUGUUUUCAAAUGUGGUUGGGGCUGAAAGACCCAACAUCCUCAAGCCCAUCAAGGAUAAUGCACAGCAACUCUUCGCGCACUUGGGCCUUAGUGCUGAUUUAUUCGCAGCUGAGAAUUCAAGGAUUCUACGAGGGUCAAAUGAGGAUGUGAAAGCGUUGCUGAAGAUGCACCCAGGGAGUGUUGGUACUCACUACACCCCUCUCUCCCCGAUCCUUUUCCCCAAACCAGAUGCUCCGGUGGCUAGGGACUUAUUCAAAUCCCAACUCCUAGUCAAUAUCAUCCGUGUCAUGGUGUUUGGCAAGGGCAUCCUCACGGGCAAGCGAAGAGGUGGUCCACAGGGACGAGGUCAGAAACUGGGGAUAUCUGGCGCUUUGGCUGGUCUGAUCGCCGUCGCUGCAACCUUUGCGCGGUACUUACUAUCAAGUGACCGUGAGCUUACUACCAUUGGGGAAGAAAGCAGACUCAAGUAUCAGGAUGACUUCGAGUAUUUCAUUGAACUAUUAAGUGACCCAUCAAAACGAGAGUGGUCAUUGGAAGUGAUGGAAUUCAUCAAUCAAGGCAUGUGGAACACUUCUAGUUGUGCCUCUACUAAUACUGCACUGGAUUCAUCCAACGUCGAUGCCUCUGUAGCUCCUACAUGGGAGUCCGACAUCUUAGCACAAUUGAACGGCCCCCAGCGGCCAACACCCCCUUCCCACAUGCCCACUCCUGACUCAAGCUUCGACUCCAACCCUGCCUCCGCUUCACGUCACAUGUCAGAAGCAACCCAGGAUUCUUCGGUUGUCAUCUCUCAGACAAACUCUGUCUCCUCGGUGCUUUUGGUCGAUGUCGCGAAUCUUUCACUUGGAGGUAGUCAAACAUCCAUUCUACCAUCCGUGUCUGCUCAUGGAAGGGAGUUUUCUGUCCAGGGACAACAACCUAGGAUGGUUGAGGUCCCAGGGGCUGUGGUUGGAGCUAUGCAGAACCCGCCGGCAGUGAUCGCCCAGGAGCUGCCUACUAAGGAAUGUCGUAUCACCCGACAUAAGGUAAAGGAUUACACUCAAGCACUUCGGUUCGACAACAAACCUGACUACUCCUACCUCCACAAGCUCUUCUGCGACCUCUUCAUUCACAAGGGUUUCCAGUACGACUUCAUCUUUGGCUGGAGCGUUCAGCACGGUGUUCCAAAGGACGGUAGUGCUGGAACGAGUCAGAAGGUGAGCGCUGGCAGAAGAUAG